AUGCCAACAUCGUCUAUUUCCACGUCAUUGACAUCAUCAUCUUCUUCUACAUUCUCUCUUCCACAGCAUCAUACUGUCACUGAGCUCAUCACAUUCUUUUCUUGUGAAGAUGAACCAUCAUCUUAUUCUUCAACAACUUUUGUGAGAACUCAUGAUGAUAAAUCUGGAAUCAGAACAUCAAAAGUUAUCACAAGAACGGUGACGAUCAGUGUUGAAGCAAAACAGAGAAUGGAGUCGUUGGAAGAAGAAAGAAGAGAACGAAGAGUUCAGAUGGAAUUAGAAAAAGCCCAGAUUCGCUCACAGAAAGUUGCAUUAGAACAAGAAAAUGCUUCUAAAAUUGCAAAAGAAUUGAAAUCAGGGUCAAAACGAAGUUUAGUCAGAAGAGCAGCCAAACGGACGAAAGGCAAAAUCACAAGUAUAUUGAUACGUGAUUCAUCUCGAGAUGAUACGCUCAAAAGAGCUGGAAAAAAGCGAGGAAACUCACUAGAAUGGGAUAAUUCAAUUGGGUGUUCAAGUCGUUUCUCCGAGUCGUUUUCUGAUUCGAGACUAAUGGAAAUGUUCCAACACCCAUCUGGAAUGCCAAUCGAAGCUGAUGUAAUGAUGGAGGGAUACCUCUACAAAAGAUCUUCGAAUGCCUUCAAAACCUGGAACCGUCGUUGGUUUCAGAUCAAAGAUAAACAAUUGCUCUAUUCCCAUCGUUCCACCGAUCUUGAACCAUCAACUGUAAUGGAAGAGAAUCUUCGAAUCUGUCUCGUCCGACCUGCUCCCUCGAAUAUCGAUCGUGUUGGAUGCUUUGAAUUGGUCACACCCACUCGAAUUCAUCUACUUCAAGCUGAUUCUGAAUCUUUGUGUCAAGAUUGGAUGCGUGCUUUGCAACGAACAAUUCUAGCUCUUCAUGAAGGAGAUUCACCGGAUGUUGAAUCGACAAGUCCACGUAACAAAGCAGCUUCAUCGUCAUCAGGUGGAAAUGUCACAACUGCCAACGCGAUUUCUCCAACUUCUAAUAAUUUUGACAUCACUAAAGGAAGAUCUGUAUCAGAUCCUGCUUCGACUUCUGGAAAUGCCUCUCUCAAUGCUUCUACUAUCUCUGCAUCUAAUGUCCCUUCUUCAACUGCCUUUGAACAAAUCCGUCGUGUUCCUGGAAACGAAGUGUGUGCAGAUUGUAAUUCUAAAGCUCCAAAAUGGGUCAGCAUAAAUCUUGGAGUUGUAUUAUGUAUUGAAUGCUCUGGAGCUCAUCGUUCCCUGGGAGUUCAAACAUCAAAAGUCCGAUCGUUGUGUAUGGAUUCAAUUGACAAUGAGUUGAGAGAUGUUCUCUUAUCAUUAGGAAAUCGUCAAGUCAAUGCCAUUUUCCUUGCCCAUCUUCCACCCACGGAAAGUAUUGUUCCGCCACCAAUCAACGAGAAAUCUGCUCGUCCGGCUCGAGAAGCAUGGAUAAAAGCGAAAUAUGUAGAACGAAGAUUUGCAGUUUCUGAAGAUACACGUGCCAGAAGUACUGCAACAAAUCGACAAGAACAUUUGAAACAUAAGACAAGUAUAGGAGGAAGUACAAAUGGAGUGAAUAGAAGUUCCUCUUAUGCUGAUGUUCAGGAUGCAGAUCAACACAGUGGAUUAUUGGAUGCUGAUCCAUGGUCUUCUGAUCUAUCUAUUCCGGUCUCUCCUGCAUCGAAACGCCUUUCUGCUUGUGGUUCCGACACGAAUUUAGAUGUUGUUGGAAACUCAAUAGACGCAAAAACUGUAGAUUGGGAAUCAGUUAAAGAAGCAUGCGAAUCCGGAGAUCUUUUGGCUCUUCUGAAGGCCCACGCACAAGGAUUCGAUUUGCUGGCUCUUCAUAAUGGAACUUCCGCACUUCAUAUUGCCACGAGAAGCGGACAAACUGCUGCAGUUGAAUUUUUAUUGCUCAAUGGAGCCAAAAUCAAUAUGCUGGAUGAAAAACUGAAUACACCACUGCAUCUGGCAGCCAAAGAGGGGCACACAUUACAAGUCUGUCAAUUGUUGAAACGUGGAGCUGACAAUAAUCUAGCAAAUGUUGACAGUAAGACUCCAUUGGAUAUAGCAAUGGAAUGCACUCAUGCUGAUAUUGUUACCCUAUUCCGAGUAACAAUAAUGCGAAAUGAAUUCAAUGCCGACUUCAAUAAUCCUAUGGAUGAGACUGUCGAAGUGGUCAUUUCAGAUAUUGCUCGACGAGCAGCUACUGAAAAAGAGCAGAAAAAGACAGCAUCGUUAAGAGAAACUUCAGAAACCAGUGAAAUCUAG